AUGGGUGGCUUAACGUAUGGACUCGGAAGCGCUUCGACAGUUCUCCUAAUUGUCGGCCUGUACAUGCUCUUCACCGGCGAUGGCGAAUAUUUCAACGUCGGCGCUUUCCUCGAAUCCAUAUCGCCGUACGCAUGGGCAGAUCUGGGUAUCGCUCUCUGCAUCGGUCUCUCGGUCGUUGGUGCAGCAUGGGGCAUUUUUAUCACAGGCUCAUCCAUUCUGGGAGCAGGUGUCAAGGCACCUCGAAUUCGAACCAAGAACUUGAUCUCCAUCAUCUUCUGCGAAGUUGUCGCCAUCUACGGAGUCAUCAUGGCCAUCGUCUUCUCCUCCAAAGUCGGUUUCAUCGAUGAGGCAGGAGUCGCCAACGCCGAGGCUUACUACACCGGCUUCGCCCUGUUCUGGUCUGGCAUCACCGUCGGGGGCUGCAAUCUGAUCUGUGGCAUUGCUGUUGGCAUCAAUGGUAGUUCAGCUGCGUUGGCCGAUGCUGCUGAUCCUACGCUUUUCGUCAAGAUCCUCGUCAUUGAGAUCUUCAGUUCAGUCCUUGGUCUCUUUGGACUCAUUAUUGGCCUCCUCGUCUCCGGCAAGGCCAACGAUUUCGGCAAGGCCAUGGCGUAA